GAACCGGUCGAUAUUCAGCGCGAAGUUAGCUACGCAUGCGCUUCGAUUAUGCUUCGUACCGAGCAACUUCAGGGCGGUCCACAGUGGCAAUCAGGCAACUGGGAGGGGAGGGCACUUUUGUCAAUAAAAUCUCUUUUAUUAUUCUUAUACAAAAGAAGUUUUGUUGUAAAUAACCAAAGGAUUAAUAUUACUUAAGGAAUUGGAAGAACACUAUAUAUUAUUUCUUCGAAAUGUCGACAUCUGCGAUAUAUAUUUUAGACGUAAAGGGUAAGGUUUUAAUUUCACGAAAUUAUCGUGGAGACAUAGAAACAGGUGUUAUAGAGAAAUUUAUGCCUCUUGUAAUGGAACGCGAAGAGGAAGGCAAUCUUACUCCUAUUAUUCAAACUGCUGAAUGUACAUAUGCGUAUAUAAAAUACAAUAAUUUGUAUAUUGUGUCAACUACGAAAAAGAAUGCAAACAUUUCCUUAGUAUUUGUGUUCUUGCAUAAAUUAGUGCAAGUGAUGCAAGAAUAUUUCAAAGAAUUGGAAGAAGAAAGCAUACGAGACAAUUUUGUUGUCAUUUAUGAACUUUUAGACGAGUUAAUAGAUUUUGGAUAUCCACAAACUACAGACAGUAAGAUAUUACAGGAAUAUAUUACUCAAGAAGGACACAAACUUGAAAUUCAACCACGCAUUCCUAUGGCUGUGACUAAUGCUGUAUCUUGGAGGUCGGAAGGUAUAAAAUACCGUAAAAACGAAGUGUUCCUAGAUGUAAUAGAAUCGGUGAAUCUUUUAGCAAAUGCUAAUGGAAAUGUUUUAAGCUCUGAAAUUGUUGGUGCCAUAAAAAUGAGAGUAUAUUUGUCUGGAAUGCCGGAAUUAAGACUUGGAUUAAACGAUAAAGUUUUAUUUGAAUCUACAGGGCGUGGAAAGUCUAAAUCGGUUGAAUUGGAGGAUGUGAAAUUUCAUCAGUGUGUCAGAUUAUCUAGAUUUGAAAAUGAUAGAACAAUUUCUUUUAUUCCUCCUGACGGAGAGUUCGAAUUAAUGUCUUACAGAUUGAACACACACGUAAAACCAUUAAUAUGGAUUGAAUCUGUCAUCGAGCGACAUGCUCACAGCAGAGUAGAAUACAUGAUAAAGGCAAGAUCACAAUUUAAAAGGCGUUCUACAGCCAAUAACGUAGAAAUAGUGAUUCCAGUGCCCAAUGAUGCAGAUUCCCCUAAAUUUAAGACUACUAUUGGCAGUGUUAAAUAUUCACCGGAGCAGAGUGCAAUAACUUGGUUCAUCAAAUCAUUUCCCGGUGGUAAAGAAUAUCUAAUGAGGGCACACUUUGGUCUACCGUCUGUUGUUGGGGAGGAUGUGGAAGGAAAACCACCGAUUCAAGUUAAAUUUGAAAUUCCAUAUUUCACUACUUCUGGGAUACAAGUGCGUUAUUUAAAGAUCAUCGAGAAAAGUGGAUAUCAAGCGCUACCGUGGGUGAGGUAUAUUACACAGAAUGGAGAUUAUCAAUUGAGAACAAAUUAAAUAGAAACAAAGAUCCUAUAGAAUAUGAAAUAUUCACAGUAUUGAAAGGUAGAUUUUCAUUAUUGGAUUUUAUUUAACGGAAGUAGUGUAAUUGCAAUAUUUUUUUGCAGUUUUACACUUUUAGAGACUUUUACAAUAAUCUCCUUUUAUGAUACCAUAUAUUAUGAUACCAUAUAUGGAAAUGCAUAGUACUUAAUUUAUUAAUUGUAAAUUUCUUUCAAUUAAUGUUUGUUAAAAAAAUAAAAAAAAUCAAUAUUUUCCAUAUACAGGGGUUAUAGCAUAUAUUAUAAUAUAUAUUAAAUAAUCGAAAUAUAAAGAAAAUAAUUGUAAAUAUAUCUGAAAUUAUAAUAUUCGAAUGUUUUCAUGGAAUUGUUAAUUGUAACGAAUUAAUAGACAUUUUUCUGUACUAAUUUAAACUUUAAUAGUAUUAAAAUCAGAAUUGCUACUGUACAUCAAUAUGAUGACAAAUAACAAUAUUAUUAUAAACCAUGUAUUAGUAACAUUAAGAAACUCAAAAGAUUACAUUAAAUUUUUAACA